UACAUCAGCUGUUGGCCAGCGCGCUUAAUACUUUGCACAAUCACAAUGCGCAAUUUGUUUAUUAUUUAAUCAUCCUUUCUGUAUAAAAGUAGAUAAGUUCAAAUGUUUCUGAGUUACUUGCCGCGUUCGCCAUGCAAGUGUGGGCAAUACUUGUUGCAACUGCGUCAAUUGCAGUUACUGCGACGACAUGUAAACAACGGUUCCACACCGGCUUCGCUAGGAAAAUCACAUUGGCAAUACAUUAAGAGGUACCAGUUAGAACGACAAACCAGCAAUUUAAACUUGGACCGCAGUUACAGUAUUGAGAGUGGAACUGGAAAGCAGCAGCUGGCAAGAGAGUUGGAUGAUUGUGACAUGCCUGUUGAUAAUAUGCAAGAUGCACUAAGCUUGCGGCUUGGCCAAGCACUGGAUGCGCAGGAGUUGUUAGAUUUGCUAGCUGAAGAUUCAUUGCAAUUAGUACACUAUGUACAAGGAAUAUCAUUGCUUUGGGAGUACUAUCAGCGAUUGGACAUGGAGGCAAGGGCAGUAUUGACGAAAAGACUGCAAAGCGAGCUAUUGCCAGCGCUGCAACCGCAUAUAGCCCUCAUGGACACUAAUGAGUUGAGCUGCAGCUAUCUAUAUCUGCGCAAAAUGCAUGUUCCAAACAGCAAUGCCCAGGUAGAGCAAGCUGCUUAAUGCGUGCUCUGCAGAUCAUUCGAGAAUAACAUAGAUGGCGAGCUAUUGCCAUUGACAGCGUUAUCACGCCUGCUGGUGGCUAUUAAUCUGGAGCGUGAUUUCUAUACACCACUAGUAUGCCGCAACUUUAUGCCACAGUUGCAGCGGCACAUAGCCACCUGUCAGAGCGAGCAGGAGGUGCGACUAUUGGCUAUUUGCCUGUUUCAGCUGCAUCCGCUAAUUGAUGAGGAACUUUUAAGCGUAUUCAAGCAACGUGUGGAACAAUUGCUGCAGCAUGGUAUCCUCAGCAGUGACACGCCCAAAGCCCUGCUCAAAUUACUACACAUGCUAAACCUGCCAGUCUGGUCACAUCUGAACACAUCGCUUAUUAAACAGGUGCUCUUACAUCUGCGUCCAUGUCUGCUACAACUGGAACCAAGCGAUCUAAAGAGCGUCUGCCGCACCUAUCUGCAUCAUCAAGAGCCAGCUGCUCUGAUUGAACCACUCAAAGUAGCUACAGAGGCAUUGCUGGCACAGGAGCUCACACCCGAUGCUUUGGCUUGUGCCGUACCAUUUGCCUCGCUGCAGCAGCGCGACGCAUACUUGCAGCAGUUUCGCCAGCUGUUGUAUAGCGUCGAUGCUUGGCAGCUACCUAAUGCAAGUAGUCAUUUGUUCAGCGUGCUACGUGCCUUGAAAAUUGCGGAUGAACGCUUCUGCAAUGCCUACUGGAGAGCUGUCAUUGAAGAGCUCAAAAAGCAAGAAACUAAUUUGCAUUUUCUGCGCCACUGUCAGCAUUAUAUGAACUUUAAUAACAAUCUAGGAGGCACCUAUCGCCAUAACGAGCUCGAACGCAAGUUAAGCCAGCUGUGCCUGGCCGCCAUUGAGUUCGACGUGGCGGGUCGAAUGCCAUCCAAGUUUGCGCGCUUGGCCGCAUUUGUGCUAGCCUAUGGCCAUACACCAUUUGCCUGGAAGAAGUUUCCCAAUGUGCUGCUCAGCAAAAUGCUUACCAUGUCGGAACAGUUUAAUAUAAGCGAUUGUUUUCUAUUGAGUCGCGGCAUGCAGAUUGCCAGCGAGUUACGCUUUCGUCAACACGUGCCCAGUACGCUGGGCAUGCAGCUGGCCACUAUGGAUAGCAUACUCAUCUCCUGCGCUGAAAGACAUUUAACAAACAACGAGGAGCAGCCACUGAAUGCCGCCGAGCUGAGCGUCAUUGUGCGCACACUAAGUCAUCGCAAAUCUUUAAAAAACACUCAGGUUUAUAAGAACGCAUUAUCCUGCUACAAAUCGCUGAAGACACAUGAUCUUAGCUCACGUGUGGUGCGCGACAUGGCCUAUAAUUUUAAUAGUUCAAAUUUCUUUGUGCCCGAACUGCUGGAGUCCAUGUUCGAAUACAUUAAAGAUCAGCAUGCGCACAUAACUGGCGACACUGUGGAAAAAGUGCUCACCUGUGCCUACAACCUGGGCUAUACCCCACAAUCUAUAGAAUCAUUAGACUAUGCUGCUUUGGUGCUACUUCGCGACUUUGAUCACAUGAGUGGUCUGUCAUUGGUGCAAUCCUGUCUGGCGCUCUGUUUUUACAAAACGAUACCGGAGCAGCUGGUGAAUCAAGUAUUCUGCGUCAAGUUCAUACAGCGCAUUGAGGACGAAAUACAAAUCUGUUAUUCCAAGGCGACUUAUCCGGGACGUGUAUUAAAUCGUGUUAUGCAACUGAAUCGCACUGUCUGCUUGGAUAUGCCAGAGUCAAAUGUGCCCUGGUUUCAGCAGAACUAUGUAGAAGCGCAGCUUAGCAAAAAACCCAUUACGCACAGCGUCUUUAGUCAAGAGGUAAAGACACUGCUGCAACAAUUGCUUAAGAAUGAGAACUACUUUCGCUGCAAUCAUACCACGCCCUAUGGCUAUCAAAUUGACUUUGUGAUACACUUUGACAAGGACAAGAAACCAAUACCUGCACCACCUGUGGAAGCCACAAUGCUGGAUCGCAUCACCAAAGUGGCAAUUUUACUGCUCAAGCUGGACUCGUUCUGCGAAAACGAUCUGACUGCCCUGCGCGGUCCUGAAUCGCUAAAAAUAAAACAUCUUGAAAUGAUGGGCUAUAAAGUUCUGCAUAUCAACGAGCACGAUUGGAACUCCAAGUACAUGCUUGCGCCGGACGCCAAGGCUAACUACUUAAAGUGCCUACUGCAGAUUACACAUUGAUAUAGCAUAGCAUAGAUUUAUCAAGUUUUUAAGCUAAUAGAUAUUUUUCUAGAGCUGUUAAAGUUUAUACGUUGU